AUGAUUAAAACGGUGAGGCAUAAUCGUCUUCGUACCCAAUGCGGUAUCUGCGGCCAGGACCUGUUGCGAGGUGAUUCCUUCGUCCCGCUACGGGGCGCUGACCCUGACACUGGAUCAGGAACAUGCUUGGACCGAGCAGUAUACCCAGGAUACCGUUAUUCUACUGUUGAUUUUGACGACAGGAGUCUCUGCUUGGUGCCUAACUGCUACCAAUGCACCAGAUCACCAGAGGCAGUAGGACUACAUGCAUUCUGCUUCGACGUUUACAAGAAUCACUGCCAAGCCGAUAAUUCUAUAGAUAGGCUAUGGGCGACAAGUAGUCAAAAGAACCUAUGGAAAGGUGCUCCUGUUCUACAGCUUGAUCGAGAGUCAGGGGUCGAUAUAGAUCUUGUUCGCCAGAAAGCCGAGACGUAUGGUGUUGGUCUGCUGGGCCGACUUCCGGCAGAACUCAUCCAGAUGAUAUACAGAUACAGCGAGCAUGCGGAGUUUUGGCGCUGCAUCUCAGCUCUGCGCCUGGCUAGGGAGUUGUCCAAGUCGCAACAAGACGAGACGAUGCUGCCUUUGUGCAAUAUCGUGACAUGGACAAGGGGAGAAUCGGCUGUUGUGCGCUCUGAGGAGUGUUCGCCCUACAUACGACUCAUUCUUGACCGUCGAGGCAUCCGCAAGAUCGAAAGGUUUCAAGAAAGACUGCCAUAUGAAGCAGCUCGUUCGAACAGAGAAGCGUUUGUUUUUGCAUGUGAGAGCGAGUUCAGGGAUGUUGUUGCGACUCUCAAGUUCAACGUCUUGCAACUCCAGCUUCCAAGUCAUAUACGAGGUUUCCAGGUCUGGGAUACUCCCAGCCCCCCUCGACUUGAAGACUGCGAGUUUUAUGGCCGCGUGUCACAGUCGAUGCAGCUCAAGACCAUUAACCUACGCGCUGUGACCGGCCUCACAUUCUUCUUCGCAUACAGCAAGCUUUACGCGGUUCAUGCACAUACCCGCAAGAGCCCACAUGCAACUGGAACCUUUGAACGUCUUUCCAAAGGUCGCCGGGCGAGUGUUAUAUCAGCAUACUUGCCAAUUCCCACAGGUGAAGAGAUUAUAGCCAUAGCUAUCAGAACAAGAAGCUCGCUCAAGGGAGGACAAUCCACAGGGCAAAAGCCAUUCCUCUUGUUUCGAACCAAGUUGGCUGGCGACAUCGCUAUUGGCCCGUAUCACUCCGAGGCACACAAAGAUGUUGUCCUCGGCGAGUCCAGCCCAAAAUUGUUCGUUUAUAGCUCUUCGGGCGUCGGGCCAGCAACUGUAUUUGGAACAUACCCUCGGAAACAAGAGGACGACAGUGUUUCUGUACCGUUUCCUUACCCCUUGUUCAGUAAUCCACCUAUCAACUAUCAUGCCAACAUUUCUUCAGCGCCCUUGGAGGAUGUGAUUUGCGUAUGGGUUCGGGAAGAUGAGAAGCGAUGUUGUCACGGAAUGCUUUUGGAAUAUGAAAACGGGGCUCAACGAGCAGUGGGGGAUUAUCGGGUUGGGAAUUACCUGCCGGGUACGGACCGUGUGAGGAAGUAUUUGAAGCCAUCGCGGAUUUGUUAUCUGCCCCCGCAAGAUGAGGGUGUAGAGGCACACAGUUUUGUUGUCAAGGCGAGUGUUGUUGAUGAUGAUCAUGACGCCAGCCAUGAUGCAGCAGGCUGGAAAUGUAAUUCAUUGAGCGGUGUGCUUGAAUUCUGGUUUUCGAGGGAGCGAUCUUUCAUUCGGAUAGUGGAGUAG